ACUUCGCAACAAAAUGGCGGCGCCUGGGAGGCACGUCGGGCAUUACUUACAUAAAAACGGACAAUUUCUCCUAAAUAGCAUCAAUAAAUUAUGGGCUGGCAGGAGCUUUCACUGGAGCCCUGUCCUCCAGCAACAAGCUGCUGAGGCAAAUACAGAAUCCUCUGAAAGCAUUGUCAUUCCCAAAAAGAAAACAUGGAGCAAAGUGGCAGUUUUAGAGGCUCUGGCUGCAACUGUCAAAAGGGACCCCACAGCGUAUCCAUAUCAAUUCCAAGAUGACCCCUACCUUUCUCCAAGAACGUCCUCCGAAUUUACCUUGUUCUCGCUCUCUCAAGAGUCUGGUCAAGCUGCAGCAAAAUAUUUCAUCAACAGCAACCCAAAGUUUUUCAUCAAAGACUUUGCAGAACCACAUAUACCAUUUCUGAUGCCAGAGUCUGUGUCUCUGAGCCUGGAGGAGUUGAGUGAAGCUGCUCUGAAGGAGAGGAUCAGUCUGAGGAGAGUCUCUGCAGCCGUGGAGAUGUAUGACCAGCUGCUGCAGAGCGGUCAAACAAUCUCCAUAGAAACGACCCAUGACCUUUUGGACCUGAUUUGUUUUUACUGUGAUCGAGAUCCAGUCGCCGAGGGAUCGCCCAACAAAGCGGGCUCUGAGGAGGGAGGGGAGGAGACUAGAAGAUGGAAAGGCAGGUUUCGAAAAGUAUCUGAGCUCCCGAAAACCACAUGGAAAGAAAACAACAAUGCAGAACGAAUCUUCAACUUACUCCUAGAGCGAAAUACACGCUGCUACUCAGCUCUGAUCAGAGGCAUGGUCAAGCAUGGUGCAUUCUCAAGGGCCUUCGGUUUUUACACAGACAUGCUCAACAACAGAGUCACAGGUGAUGUUCAUAUCUUUAAUGCGCUGAUAUCCGCUGCUCCAGAAGUCAGAGAGAAAUACAACGACAGAUGGGACCUCAUUGUUGAGCUGUUGAACCAAAUGAAGCAGCAGAAAGUUCCUCCAUCUCUUCAAACCUUUAACUCUGUGCUGAAGUCUCUGAGACGCUGUGGAUAUUUGGCCAAGAGUCACUCCCUGAACACGCUCAGUGAGAUGAAGGCUCUCGGCAUCGCUCCCAGUCUUGCCUCUUAUGACCACAUCCUGGCUGCUUUCUUCAGAUCAGGUGCUUCAACGCCAAAUAACACUGAUGUUUUAUAUGAGCUGUUCUCGGCGAUUGAGGGAACUCACUUCACGUGCCAGGAUCCAGAUGACGUCCUUUUCUUCAGCAGUGCUAUGAGAAUCUGUUUGGAAAAUAAAGAUUUGGAGUUGGGUUAUAAAGUCCACUCUUUGGUUGAAUUUGGAGAAAAUUGGAGGCUUCUGGGAGAUCCAUAUCAACAAAGCAUUUACUAUGGCCGUUUCUUUAACCUGUUGUGUCUGAUGGAGCAUGUCGAUGUGAUACUGAAAUGGUACAGAAGACUCAUUCCAUCGUUGUAUUACCCAAACCCUCAGGGCCUGAAGGACCUGCUCCAGGCUCUGGACACAGACAGUCGAAUGGACCUGCUACCCACCAUUUGGAAAGAUAUUCGCUCUCUGGGACAUGACAACAAACUGGACUUGUUGGAGGAGCUGCUCAGCCUCAUGGCCCGAGACAAACACAGUCCUGAGGUGCAGCAGCAGUUUGCUCAGUGCGCUUUGGAGGUCAGGUCUGUCUUUGAGGGGGAGAGGGAGAGGGGGCGGAGUCUGGACUGGAGCUCGGCAUCUCUGAACCACGCCACUGCUCUGCUACUGAGAACUGAUGACAGCACUGCACAGGCCUGGGAGAUGCUUCAGCUGUUCAAGGCAAAGAACAGAGUCCCAUCAGUGGACGUGAUGGAGGAGUUCUUGUCAUGGUGCAUUGUCUCUGGUUCCUGUGACAAGGCAAUGGAGUUGGUUCAGACCUCAGCCUCAUUCUGUCUGCCCUGUACCUCCAAACUCGCAGAGAGGGCCCUGAAAGAACUCCGCCUCAGUGAAGAGCAGAGAUCCAUUUUAUCUGAACUGGAGUCUACAGCAGAGACAUAAGAAUGAAAGAGGGACGCUUUGUUCCAUCUUGUGAACCUACUGCAGAAACCCUGUUUAACACAAUACAACCAUCAUUUAGUGUAUUUAAAUGAAAAGUGUAGUACCUCAUGUGGAAUAAACAAUAACAGUGUAACGUACAACCACUAGAGGGUGUCAUCUCUAGAGGGUGUUUAAGGCUUUGUUUAUUUAAAAUUCUGUGGUUCCUAAAGUAAUUAUAUUUGAGCGGCCAUUUGUAAAGAUAGUUGGCUAUAUGUACAAAUAAGCCUAAAAUUCAUGCCUCCAAAAAUUUUGAAUGUUAGUAUUACAUCCUGACUAAAGACUUAAUCAAUCAUUGGUGUUACAUUUUUUACAAUUCACAUAAUAAAAAUACACGUCAAUCCUAAUUAAAUGUAAAUGGAUAAAAAGAUUACUUUAUCCAUUUAAGCAUGUUAUGUUAACUCAUUGAAUUUUAGGGACAACAUUUUCUUUUGACCCUAAGGAGACUUCCCUAUUAUUGUUUGUUUGUUUUUUUGUUUGCUUUUUUUUUUUUUUUUUUUAAAUACACCUGUAAUUAUAGCUCAGAAAGUUAGGGAGAGCUAAACCUGCCAACAUUUUAAGAUAAUUCUUAAUAAUAGAUAAUAGAACUUUUUAAAUCUAGUCAUCAAUACUUUUCAUGAGAAACCUGAAAACUUAAAAAUGAUUCCAGGCCAUACUAGUGUCCAUAAGUUCUGCCGACUGCACACAUGAAA